UGCCGGCCGCCGCGGGUGCCGGCGCGAUGACUGUCGGUGGGAGCCCCGGGGCGCUGGGCACGCUCCUGCUGCUGCUCUCCCUAAGUGCCCGCGCCGUGCCCGAGCCCGAGGCGGUGCCCGAGGGAGCCUCCACCCUGGCCUUCGUCUUCGAUGUGACCGGCUCCAUGUACGACGACUUGGUGCAAGUUAUCGAGGGCGCAUCCAAGAUCCUAGAGACAUCGCUGAAGAGACCCAAGCGGCCGCUGUACAACUUCGCGCUGGUGCCGUUCCACGACCCCGAAAUUGGUCCAGUGACAAUAACCACAGAUCCCAAGAAAUUUCAGUUUGAACUUAGGGAACUUUACGUUCAGGGUGGUGGAGAUUGUCCAGAGAUGAGCAUUGGGGCAAUAAAGAUUGCUCUAGAAAUUUCCCUGCCUGGCUCUUUCAUCUAUGUAUUCACUGAUGCCCGAUCCAAGGAUUACAGACUGGCCCAUGAGGUGCUUCAACUCAUCCAACAGAAACAGUCACAGGUGGUAUUUGUGCUGACAGGAGACUGUGAUGACAGGGAUCAUAUUGGUUACAAGGUCUAUGAAGAAAUUGCCUCAACAAGUUCUGGUCAAGUUUUUCACUUGGACAAAAAACAAGUUAAUGAGGUGUUGAAAUGGGUUGAAGAAGCAGUUCAAGCAUCCAAAGUGCAUCUCUUGUCUACAGACCAUCUGUCCAAGGCUGUAAAUACUUGGCAGAUCCCUUUUGAUCCCAGUCUGAAGGAAGUUACAGUGUCCUUGAGUGGUCCUUCACCAGCAAUGGAGAUUCAUAAUCCUCUAGGCAAGAAGCUCAGUAAGGGAUCAGGACUGAAUGAAUUGUUAAAUAUCCACAACUCUGCAAAGGUAGUAAAUGUCAAAGAUCCAGAGCCUGGAACAUGGACAAUUAAGACCUCAAGCAGCGGGAGGCACUCUGUGCGCAUCACGGGGCUCAGCACCAUCGACUUCCGGGCUGGCUUCUCCAGGAAGCCCACCUUAGACUUCAAAAAAACAUCCAGCAGGCCUGUGCAAGGGAUUCCUACCUUCAUGCUGCUGAAUACCACAGGGAUCCUGCUUCCAGCUAGAGUAGACCGACUGGAACUUCUGAGUAUUACAGGGGAACUCCUUAAGACCUUGCCUGUGAAAUACUAUCCUGACAGAAAGCCCUAUGGACUGUGGAAUAUUUCUGACUUCAUUCCACCAGAUGAAGCUUUUUUCGUUAAAAUAACGGGCUAUGACAAGGAUGAUUAUCUUUUUCAGAGAGUUUCAAGUGUUUCAUUUUCUAGUAUUAUUCCUGAUGCCCCCAAAGUUACAAUGCCCAUGAAGACUCCAGGGUAUUAUUUACAGCCAGGCUCUGUUCCUUGCCAUGUUGAAAGCCUUAUACCUUUUACUCAGCGUUUUACUAAAAAUGGAGUAAAACUGGGAGUGGAUCAGUUCUUCAAAGAAUCCUCCAGCAUGAGCUGGGACAUCGCCCAGGUGUCUGUGUCCGACGAGGGCUUUUAUGAGUGCGUGGCCACCAGCACAGCGGGGACAGGACGCGCGCAGACGUUCCUCGAUGUGUCAGAGCCCCCGCCCGUGCUGCAGGUGCCCGCUAACGUGUCGGUGGUGCCCGGGGCCGGGGCGGUGCUGAGCUGCCUGGUGCUGAGCGCGGGGCGCUACAACCUGACGUGGCAGCGGCACGGGCGCGACGCGCGCCUGCAGGACCCGCUGCGCCUGCGGAUCCUGGCCAACCUGUCCCUGGAGGUGAGGCCAGCCCGGCUGUCGGACACGGGCAGCUACAGCUGCACCGCUGCCAACGAGGGCGGAUCUGCCACGGCGUCUGUCUUCCUCACCGUGCAAGAACCUCCAAGGCUUGUAAUUUCACCCAAGAACCAGACUUUUAAAGAAGGCUCUGAAGUGUCCAUCAGGUGUUCUGCCACAGGUUACCCAAAGCCAACAAUUGUGUGGACACUCAAUGAUAUGUUUAUCGUUGGCUCCAGCAGGUACAGAAUGACCCCAGAAGGCACCUUAAUCAUAAGAAAGGCAAUUCCCAGAGAUGCAGGAAUUUAUGGUUGUUUGGCAAGUAACUCAGCUGGCACAGAGAAAGAGACAUCCACCCUCAUGUACAUCGAGGACCCAACAUUGACUGUAGUUCAGAGUGAAAUUCUGGUUGGUCUUGGAGACACGACUGUUAUGGAGUGUAAAACAACUGGAAUCCCACCCCCGCAAGUGAAAUGGUUUAAAGGUGACUUAGAGUUGAGGCCAUCAGCAUUUCUUGUUAUUGAUGUUCACCGGGGUCUUUUGAAGAUCCAGGAAACACAAGAGCUGGAUGCUGGUGACUACACGUGCGUGGCCACCAACGAGGCAGGCAGGGCUGCUGGCAAGAUAACUCUGGAUGUUGGCUCUCCCCCCGUUUUCACACAGGAGCCAGGUGAUGAAUCUGCGGAUCUGGGCUCCAACGUGACCCUUCCCUGCUACGUGCAGGGCUACCCUGAGCCCAGGCUCACGUGGAGGAGGCUGGAUGGGGCUCCCCUCUUCUCCCGGCCCUUCGCACCCAGCUCCAGCAGCCAGCUCAGGACAGGCGCUCUGGCCAUCCAGAAUCUGUGGGUCAGUGAUGAAGGGACUUAUGUCUGUGAAGCUGAGAACCAGUUUGGAAGGAUUCAGUCCCGGCCAGCCACGGUCACAGUGACAGGAUUGGUCACUCCUCGGAUUGGAGCAAGCCCUGCCACAGCCAAUGUCAUUGAGGGCCAGCAGCUCACUUUGCCUUGUGUUCUGCUUGCUGGGAACCCCAUUCCAGACAGGAGGUGGAUUAAAAACAAUGUGGUGCUGGUUCCCAAUCCGUACGUGAGCGUGCGCAGCGACGGGAGCCUGCACCUGGAGCGGGUUCGGCUGCAGGACAGCGGGGAUUACACCUGCAUGGCCAGCAGCGUGGCGGGCUCCAGCAACAGCACCACCACUGUCCACGUCUUCGUCCUACCUGUCAUUCAUCAUGGACAGCAGAUAUUCAGCACCAUUGAAGGAAUCCCAGUGACACUACCCUGCAAAGCGAGUGGAGUUCCCAAGCCAUCCAUUGUUUGGUCCAAGAAAGGAGAGGUAAUCCUUCCCAGCAACAUGAGGUUCUCAGCAGGGUCAGAUGGAAGCCUGUAUGUGGUGUCCCCAGGGGGAGAAGAGAGCGGGGAAUACGUGUGCACUGCCACCAAUGCUGCAGGCUAUGCCACCAGGAAGGUGCAGCUGACUGUCUAUGUGAAACCUAGAGUGUCCAGGCCUGGAGACCAGCAAGAUGAUAAGCCCAUAGAGGUCUCAGUAAUUGCAGGGGAAGAUGUCACACUUCCAUGUGAAGUGAGGAGCUUGCCACCCCCCAUAAUUACCUGGGCCAAAGACAUGCAGCUGGUAUCUCCAUUCUCUCCAAGACACACUUUGCUCCCCUCAGGGUCAAUGAAGAUCAGCGAGACCCAAGUCUCAGACAGUGGAAUGUAUAUCUGUGUUGCCACAAACAUUGCUGGGAACGUGACUCAGUCAGUGAAGCUUAGUGUACAUGUUCCUCCAAGGAUCCAGCGUGGGCCUCGAGUCCUGAAAGCGCAGGCUGGGCAGCGAGUGGAGCUUCCCUGCAGUGCCCAGGGCAUCCCUGCCCCGGCAGUCUUUUGGUUCCGAGGCACAAGUGCCGUGCCUGCAGAUGGGGAGAGGUUCCUGCAGAGCCCCAGUGGAGCUCUGGGCAUCAGCAGCAUCCAGCUCCCUGAUGCUGGCAUCUACACCUGUGUGGCCACCAACAGUGCUGGCAGUGACACGGCAGAGGUCACAGUGCAAGUGCAAGAGCCUCCCACUAUCGAGGACCUGGACCCUCCAUUCAACAGCCCCUUCCAAGAAAGAGUGGCCAACCAGCGCAUUGCGUUCCCGUGCCCUGCAAAGGGUAUUCCCAAGCCUGCCGUAAAAUGGCUGCGGAACGGGCGGGAGCUGACCGGGGCUGAGCCGGGGCUCUCGGUGCUGGAGGAUGGGACCCUGCUGGUCAUAGCUGCCCUCACACCCUCGGACAGUGGGGACUAUGUCUGUGUGGCAACCAAUGAGGCUGGGAGCACACAGAGGAGAUACAGCCUCAAAGUCCAUGUUCCUCCUGAAAUUAGAGAUCAAGAUAAGGUGACAAAUACAUCCGUGGUUGUUCAUCAUCCUGCAAGUCUAUUCUGUGAAGUAACUGGUAACCCUGUUCCAGUCAUCUCCUGGUAUAAGGAUGAUAUCCAGGUUGUGGAAAACAGUGCUCUCCAGAUUUUGCACAGUGGGAAGAUACUGAAGCUCCUGAAAACUGCUACUGACGACGCAGGACAGUAUUCAUGCAAAGCCAUAAAUGUAGCAGGAAGUUCUGAGAAGCUGUUUAACCUGCAUAUACUUGUUCCACCGAGCGUAAUAGGUGCUGAUACACCUGGUGAAGUGGCAGUCAUCCUCAACCAGGAGAUCCGUCUGGAAUGCAGAGCCAAAGGCUUCCCUGUUCCUGACAUUCACUGGUUCAAGGAUGGCAAGCCCUUGUUUUUGGGUGAUCCCAAUGUUGAGCUCCUGGACAGGGACCAAGUUCUCCACAUCAAGGGUGCUCGCAGGGUUGACAAGGGUCGUUACCAGUGCAGUGCCACCAACACUGCUGGCAAACAAGUGAAGGAGGUCAGGCUCGUUGUCCAUGUUCCCCCUAGCAUUAAGGGAGGAAACAUUACCACAGAGGUAUCAGUGCUCCUCAACAACCUGAUAAAUCUGGAAUGUGAAACCAAGGGAAUCCCUGUGCCUACCAUCAGCUGGUACAAGGAUGGGCAGCGUGUGAUCUCUAGCCCCCAGGCUCUGUACAUGGACAGAGGGCAGUUCCUGCAGAUCCCACGGGCGCAGGUGUCAGACUCUGGCCAGUACUCGUGUCGUGUGAGCAGCACUGCGGGGGCUGCGGAGAAGCUCUUCCACGUGGAUGUCUAUGUUCCUCCAGUAAUUGAGGGUGAUGCUGACACAGCCCACAGCAGGCAGGUGGUUGCUGGGAAUUCCCUGAUGUUGGAGUGUAAGGCUGCUGGAAACCCUCCCCCUCUCCUGACCUGGCUGAAAGAUAGGGUUCCAGUGAAAGCAAGUGACAAGCUCCGUGUCCUGGCUGGGGGGAAGCAGCUGGAGAUCCUGAACGCUGUGGAGGCCGACCAGGGCCAGUACUGGUGUGUGGCCACAAGUGUAGCUGGAGAACAAGAAAUCAAGUAUGACGUUGAAAUCUUAGUGCCGCCAUUUGUGGAAGGUGGAGAUGAGCUCUCAGACUACAUUGUGAUACUCCAUAGCCCUUUGGAACUGGAUUGCUCAGCAAGAGGGACACCCUCACCAACUAUCACGUGGUUCAAAGAUGGUCAACCAGUUGGAGAGGAGGCUGGACACAAAGUCUUAUUAAAUGGACAGAAACUUGUCAUCUCUCAAGCUCAAGUGUCAGACAGUGGCCACUAUAAAUGCGUGGCUGCAAACAAGGCGGGAGAACAUGAAAAGGAAUUUGAUGUUACAGUGCAUGUUCCUCCAACCAUUAAAUCAGCUGAGCCUUCUGAGAGAGCAGUUGUGCUCUACAAACCUGUGACACUGCAGUGCAUAGCCAGUGGCAUCCCCAGCCCUUCCAUAACCUGGUUAAAAGAUGGACAGCCAGUAAACACAGCCAGAGGAAAUAUCAGACUGGAGGCCUCGGGCCGUGUCCUGCAGCUUGGCAAGGCCCUGCCUGGAGAUGCCGCCCGCUACACCUGCGUGGCCACCAAUGCUGCCGGGGAGGCACAGCAACACACCCGGCUCCACGUACACGAACCACCCAGUCUGGAAGAUGCAGGAAAAAUAUUAAAUGAAACAGUGGUGGUGAAUAAUCCAAUCCAUCUUGAAUGCAAAGCAUCUGGGAACCCUCUGCCAGCUGUGUCAUGGUCCAAGGACGGGCGUGCCCUGGCUGGCAGGGGACAGGUGCUGCACAUCGAGGGCGCGCAGGUGGCUGACUCUGGCCUCUACAGGUGCCUGGCUGCCAAUGUUGCGGGCACAGCCGAGCUGCUCUACAGCCUCCAGGUGCAUGUCCCUCCAUCCAUCUCUGGCAGCAGUGACAUGGUGACAGUAGUGGUCAAUAAUCCAGUGAGACUGGAGUGUGAAGCUAGAGGCAUCCCUGCCCCUAUCCUGACGUGGCUGAAGGAUGGGAGCCCUGUGUCCAGCAUCAGCAAUGGACUCCAGGUGCUGUCAGGGGGCCGGGUGCUGGCACUGCCCAGUGCCCAGCUCAGUGACACGGGGACAUACGUGUGUGUGGCAGUCAAUGCUGCGGGGGAGAGCCAGAGGGACAUCGACCUACGCGUUUAUGUGCCCCCUGACAUCGCGGGCGAGGAGCAGAACGUGUCGGUGCUGCUGGGCCAGGCCCUGGAGCUGCGGUGCCGCAGCAGCGCCGUGCCCCCGCCCCGCCUCGCCUGGCUCAGGGAUGGGCGGCCCCUGCUGCAGAAGCCAGGCCUGAGCAUCUCUGGAGAUGGGAGCGUGCUGAAGAUUGAAGGAGCUCAAGUGCAGGACACCGGGCGCUACACUUGUGAAGCGACAAAUGUUGCUGGGAAAACUGAGAAGAACUAUAAUGUCAAUAUUUGGGUGUCACCAAGUAUUUCUGGCUUGGAUGAUGGCUCUCAGCUGACAGUCACUGAAGGGAGCUUGAUUAGCCUGAUCUGUGAGUCCAGUGGCAUCCCACCACCCAGUCUCACCUGGAAAAAGAAUGGUUCUCCUGUGGUGCCGGAGCCAUCGGGAAGGGUGCGGGUGCUGUCUGGGGGCAGACAGCUCCAGGUUGCAGUUGCUGACAGGUCUGAUGCUGCAUCUUACACCUGUAUUGCUUCAAACGUGGCUGGGAGUGCCACCAAAGAGUACAGCCUGCAAGUGUACACUCGACCAACUAUAUCCAACAGUGGUCCCCACCCGUCAGAGGUCGUUGUCACGCAGGGAAGCGAUAUAUCCCUGGAGUGCGAGGCUCAGGGCAUUCCUGAGCCAGCAGUGAUGUGGCUGAAGGAUGGGAGGGCACUGGGCAGUGGCAGGGAUGUGGCAGUGCUGGCUGGAGGCCGUGUCCUGAGGCUGCAGCGUGCCCAGGUGUCCGACACCGGCCGCUAUGUCUGCGUGGCCACCAACGCCGCCGGGCUGGCCGACAGGAAAUACGACCUCAGCGUCCACGUUCCCCCAAGUAUUGGUGGUUUCUGGCAUCUACCUGAAAACAUCAGCACUGUGGAGAAGAAUCCCAUCUCCCUGGUUUGUGAAGCCUCAGGAAUCCCCUUGCCAGCAAUAACGUGGCUCAAGAAUGGGUUGCCUAUCACCUUGAACAGCUCAGUGCGAAUCCUCUCAGGGGGCCGGACACUGCGGCUCAGCCCCGUGGCCGUGGCAGACGAGGGACAUUACACCUGUGUGGUGACCAACGCUGCAGGGGAGGCCAGGAAGGACUUCUACCUGUCUGUCCUGGUGCCUCCAGGGAUUGUGGGGGAAAAUGCACUGGAGGAUGUGAAAGUGAAAGAGAAGCAUGGAGUUACCCUGGUGUGUGAGGUGACAGGGAACCCCAUGCCUCAGGUGACAUGGCUGAAGGAUGGGCAGGCUCUGGUGGAGGCUGGGGAUCCCAGGAUCGUGUCCAGUGGGCAAUCCCUGCACAUCUCCGAGGCGCAACUGCUGGACACGGGCCGGUACACGUGUCUGGCAUCCAACACUGCUGGGGACAGGAGCAAAACCUACAGCCUCAAUGUUCUAGUGGCUCCAAGCAUUGUGGGAGCAAACAGCCGAGGGAAUACAGAGGAUGUCACCGUUAUCCUCAACAACCCCACCUCACUGGUGUGUGAAGCUUAUUCCUACCCUCCAGCCACCAUCACCUGGCUGAAAGAUGGGAAACCCUUAGAGUCCAGCAGGAACAUCCGCGUUCUGCCAGGUGGGCGGACCCUGCAGAUCCUGAAUGCCCAGCAGGACAGCGCUGGAAGAUACACCUGCAUAGCCACAAAUGAGGCUGGAGAGACACUGAGGCACUAUGAAGUGAAAGUCUACAUUCCACCCACCAUUGCCAAAGGGGAUAUCUCAGGGACAGGGCUGUCCCCCAAGGAGGUGAAGAUCAAAGUGAACCACAGCCUGACCCUGGAGUGUGAAGCUCAUGCUAUUCCUGCUGCUGCCAUCAGCUGGUACAAGGAUGGACAGCCACUGCAGGCAGACGAGCAUGUCCUGAUCCAGGGCAGUGGCCACACCCUGCACAUUAAGGAGGCCCAGGUGUCAGACACGGGGCGCUACACUUGUCUGGCCUCCAACAUUGCUGGGGAGGAUGAGCUGGAAUUUGAUGUAAAUAUACAAGUUCCUCCUAGCUUCCAAAAACCUUACAGGGAAUGGGAAGCUGGGAACAUGGUAGAUGCAGAAAGAGGUGGAGAAAGCAGAGAUGUGAUUGUGAACAAUCCCCUGUCACUGUACUGUGAGACCAAUGCUGUGCCUCCCCCUGUGCUCACGUGGUUUAAGGAUGGGCAUCCCCUGAGCUCCAGUGACAGAGUGCUCAUCCUGCCAGGAGGCCGGGUGCUGCAGAUCGCGCGGGCCCGCGAGGGGGAUGCCGGCAGAUAUGCGUGUGUGGCGGUCAACGAGGCGGGGCAGGACUCCAUCCACUACGAUGUCCGAGUGCUCUCUCCCCCAUCCAUCAGUGGGGCUGAUGGGGACCUGCCAGAGGAGGUGACUGUGCUGGUGAGCAAGGAGGCAGCCAUGGACUGCAUUCCCAGUGGGAGCCCUUCCCCAAGGAUCACCUGGCAGAAGGAUGGCCAGCUCCUGGCAGAGGAUGACAAACACACAUUUCUGUCCAAUGGAAGGAGGUUACAGAUUUUGAAUUCCCAAAUAACAGAUACUGGCAGGUAUGUCUGCAUUGCAGAAAACAUAGCUGGAAGUGCCAAGAAGUAUUUUAACCUCAAUGUUCACAUUUCUCCAAGUGUUGUUGGGACUAACUCUGAGAAUCUGACCGUGGUGGUGAAUAAUUUAAUCUCUCUGACUUGUGAGGUCACAGGCUUUCCACCUCCUGAUCUCAGCUGGCUCAAGAAUGGAAAACCUAUCAGUUCAAAUUCCAACACUUUCAUUGUGCCUGGUGCUCGGAUGCUGCAGAUUCCCCGAGCCAAGCUGUCAGAUGGUGGAGAAUAUACUUGUACUGCCAGGAACCAAGCUGGGGAAAGUCAGAAGAAGAGCUUCCUAACUGUCCUUGUGCCCCCGAGCAUCAAGGCGCAGGGGGGAGCAUCAGUGACAGCGCUGAAUGUGCGAGUGGGGACCCCGGUGAGCCUGGACUGCGAGUCCAACGCCAUCCCAGCCCCCGUCAUCACCUGGUACAAGAACGGCCGCGUCAUUCCCGACUCUGCCGCCGUCGAGGUCCUGGCUGAUGGGCAGACCCUGCGGAUUAAGGCUGCAGAGGUUUCUGACACGGGACAGUAUGUGUGCAAAGCCAUAAAUAUUGCAGGACGAGAUGAUAAAAAUUUCUAUCUCAACGUUUAUGUGCCUCCAAGUAUAGAAGGCCCUGAGCAAGAGCUGAUCAGUGAAUCCAUCAGUAAUCCUGUCACUUUUGUGUGUGAUGCUACUGGAAUUCCUCCACCCACAUUAAUGUGGCUUAAGAAUGGAAAACCAAUAGAAAACUUGGAUUCUCUUGAAGUUCAUAUUUUAUCUGGUGGAAGCAAGCUUCAGAUUGCUCGCUCUCAGCUCCUGGACAGUGGCACCUACACAUGUAUUGCCUCCAAUCCAGAGGGGAAAGCUCAGAAAACCUAUGUGCUUUCCAUCCAAGUUCCUCCCAGCAUUGCUGGCUCUGAGAUGCCGAGUGAGGUCAGUGUCCUCCUGGGAGAGAGUGUCCAGCUGCUCUGCAAUGCCACUGGAGUGCCCACCCCGGAUGUGCAGUGGCUGAAGGAUGGAAAAACAAUUGCCAGCGAUGAGUUACAAAGGAUAAGAGUUACUUCAGAUGGCAGCACAUUAAACAUCUCCAGAGCUCUCACCUCAGACACAGGAAAAUAUACUUGUGUGGCUACUAACCCUGCAGGAGAGGAAGACAGGAUUUUCAACCUGAAUGUAUAUGUUCCUCCAACGAUAGCCAAUAGUAAAGAUGAAGCAGAGGAGCUCACUGCCCUUUUGGACACCUCCCUAAAUAUUGAAUGUGCUGCUGCUGGGACCCCCCCACCACAGCUCCACUGGCUGAAGAAUGGCCUUCCUCUGUCCGUCUCCUCCCAGAUCAAGCUCCUCUCAGCUGGGCAGAUCCUCAGACUUGCCCGAGUGCAGAUAUCUGAUACUGGAGUGUACACUUGUGUAGCAUCUAACAGAGCUGGAGUGCACAACAAACAUUUCAACCUGCAAGUUUUGGUGCCGCCCAGCCUGGACAAUGCAGGGGGCACGGAGGAGGUGCUGGUGCUGCGAGGUGGUGCGGCCGCCCUGGGCUGUGUGAGCAAUGGCUCUCCUGUCCCCACCGUGUCGUGGCUCAAGGAUGGCCUGGCCCUGCCCGUCGGGGCUGGCCUGAGCUCCAGCAGGAGCGGGAUGGUGCUGCAGGUGCUGAGGGCAGAGCCUGCAGACACGGGCACAUACACCUGCGUGGCCUCCAACGCCGCUGGGCAGAGCAGCAAGCACUUCGACCUGAAGGUGCUGGAGCCACCUCAUAUCAAUGGUUCAGAUGAACCAGAAGAGCUCUCUGUUAUUGUUAACAACCCACUUGAGCUUCUCUGCAUCUCCUCUGGCAUCCCAAUACCCAAAAUCUCAUGGAUGAAGGAUGGGCGCCCACUGCUGCAGACUGACAAUAUUCACAUACUGAGAGAAGCCAUCCGAAUAACCAGUGCUCAGGUGGAGGACACAGGAAGAUACACAUGUUUAGCAUCUAGCCCAGCAGGAGAUGAUGACAAGGAAUAUUUAGUACGAGUGCACGUCCCCCCCAACAUCGCUGGCACGGCGGGGCCGCAGGAGCUGGCGGUGCUGCAGAACAGCCAGGUUAUUCUGGAGUGCAGGUCGGACGCUGUGCCUCCUCCCACCAUCUCGUGGCUGAAGAACGGAGAGCUGCUGGAGGGAGGCCCCCGGCUGCGGAUCCUGUCCAACGGGAGGUACCUGCAGAUCAACAACGCCGAGCUGGGGGACAGCGCCAGAUACACCUGUGUGGCCAGGAACGUGGCGGGGGAAACCACCAGGGAGUUCCUGCUGGCAGUGCACGUGGCUCCCACGAUCCAGAGCAGCCCCCAGACUGCCAGGGUGCACAUCAACACCUCUGCCCUGCUGGAGUGUGCUGCAGAAGGAGUCCCAGCCCCCAGGAUCACCUGGAGGAAGGAUGGAGCUGUUUUUACUGGAAACAGUUCCAGGUAUUUGGUGCUGGAGGACGGGUCCCUGCACAUCCCCUGGGCACAGGUGGCUGACACGGGCAGAUACGUGUGCAUGGCCACCAACGCCGCGGGCAGCGAGCGCCGGCGCGUCGACCUGCACGUCCUCGUUCCUCCGUCUAUUGCUCCUGGGCAGACAAAUAUCACAGUUACCGUAAACGUGCAAACCACUCUGCCUUGUGAAGCCACUGGAAUUCCCAAACCAGCAAUUAGCUGGAAAAAGAAUGGGCAUCUGCUUAGUGUUGACCAGAACCAGAAUACAUACAGACUUCUGUCUUCAGGUUCCUUAGUAAUCAUUUCUCCCACUGUGGAUGACACUGCUGUCUAUGAGUGCUCUGUGUCAAAUGAUGCAGGAGAAGAUCAAAGGGCAAUUGAUCUCACUGUUCAAGUGCCCCCAUCCAUAGCAGAUGAAGCCACAGAGCUCCUGGUAACAAAGCUGUCUCCAGUCGUGGUUUCCUGCACUGCCUCCGGUGUUCCCGUCCCCUCAGUUCAUUGGACCAAAAAUGGCAUCAAGUUGCUUCCCAGAGGAGAUGGCUACAGAAUUCUCUCUUCAGGAGCUGUGGAGAUCCCCUCAGCCCAGCUGGCCCAUGGGGGCAGGUACACCUGCGUGGCCCGGAACGCUGCAGGCUCUGCCCACAGGCACAUCACUCUGCACGUGCAGGAGCCACCUGUGAUCCAGGCCCAGCCAGGGGCAUUGGAUGUCAUCGUGAACAAUCCCAUUGUGCUGCCCUGUGAGACCACGGGCACUCCUCAGCCUGUGAUCACAUGGCAGAAGGAAGGCAUCAACAUCAUCACCACAGGGAACAGUUACAUGAUCCAGCCAAGUGGCAAUUUGCAGAUUGCCAGAGCAGCUGUGGAAGAUGCUGGCACUUACAUGUGUGUUGCUCAGAAUCCAGCUGGCACUGCUCUGGGGAAGAUCAAGCUGAAAGUUCAAGUUCCUCCUGUAAUCAAGUCCCACACAGAGGAAUAUGUUGUUGCUGUUGAUCAGUCUGUCACUCUGCAGUGUGAGGCUGAAGGCUACCCUGGGCCAGAGAUCAGCUGGCAUAAGGAUGGGCAGCAGAUAACAGAGUCGAUGCAAAGGAGAAUCCUGAGCACAGGAGCUCUGCAGAUCCUGUUUGUGCAGCCCGAGGACAGCGGCCGCUACACCUGCACGGUGGCAAAUCCUGCAGGAUCCAGCACCUCCAGCAUGGAGCUCACUGUGCACGUUCCACCCAGGAUCCGCAGCACGGAUACGCAGUACACGGUCACGGAGAGCUCCCAGGCUAUUCUGUCCUGUGCAGCUGAGGGGAUCCCAACACCAGCAAUCAACUGGAGGAAGGACAACACACUGUUAAGAGACACAGUGGGAAAAUACCAGACUGUGCCUGGUGGAGACCUCAUUUUGGACAAUGUUGUACCUGAGGACUCUGGCAGUUACACCUGCAUUGCCACCAACGCUGCUGGGGAGGACACGCACACGGUCACCCUGACAGUUCACGUGCUCCCAGCUUUCACUGAGCUGCCUGGAGAUGUAGCCUUGACCAAAGGAGAACAGCUCCACUUAACCUGCAAAGCAACUGGGAUACCUGUCCCCAGAAUAAUGUGGACCUUUAACAAUAACAUCAUUCCAGCGCAGUAUGAUGAUGUCAAUGGGCACAGUGAGCUGCUGAUCGAGAGGGUGUCCAAGGAGGACUCUGGGACCUAUGUGUGCUCUGCAGAGAACAUAGUGGGCUCCAUCAAGGCCAUUGGCUUCGUGUAUGUCAAAGAGCCUCCAGUUUUCAAAGGGGAUUAUCACUCCAGCCGAAUUGAGCCCUUGGGUGGCAAUGCCAUGUUGAAUUGUGAAGUCAGGGGAGAUCCCCCUCCAACCAUCCAGUGGAGCAGAAAAGGAGUGGGAGUUCAGAUUAGCAACAGGAUCCGACAGCUUGUCAAUGGUUCCCUUGCUAUCUAUGGCACUGUGAAUGAAGAUGCUGGUGACUACAAGUGUGUGGCAACCAAUGACGUGGGCGUGGUGGAGCGCAGCCUGACACUGACCCUGCAGAGCCCCCCGGUGAUCACUGUUGAGCCGGUGGGCACCGUGCUGGAAGCUGGUGCCACGGCAGUGCUGGACUGCCAGGCCAGCGGAGAGCCCCCUCCUGCCAUCGCCUGGUCCCGCCAGGGCCAGCCUGUGCUGGCCGAUGACAGAGUGACCCUGCUGCCCAACGGCUCCCUGCGCAUCGCCCCGCUGCACAGGGAGGACACCUCUGAGUACGAGUGCGUAGCCAGGAAUCUCCUGGGGUCCGUCCUCGUCACAGUGCCCCUGACUGUGCAGGUGCACGGCGGGUUCUCCAGCUGGCUGGAAUGGCAGGCAUGCAGUGUCACCUGUGGCCAGGGUGUGCAGGAGCGUGUCCGGCAGUGCGACAGCCCCGUGCCGGCCAACGGGGGCCGCGGCUGCCGGGGGCCCCACAGCGAGCUGCGCAGCUGCCAGCGCCAGCCCUGCCCAGUGGAUGGGAGCUGGUCAGAGUGGGGGCUGUGGGAAGAAUGUUCAAGGAGCUGUGGCCAAGGGAACAGGACAAGAAGCAGGACCUGCAGUAACCCCCCAGCUCAGCAUGGAGGGAAGCCCUGUGAGGGCAGUGCUCUGGAGUCAGUCAUGUGCAAUCUUAGGCCUUGUCCAGUGGCCGGCGAGUGGAGCCCGUGGGGGCCGUGGGGGCCGUGCAGCAGCACGUGUGGGAAGGGCAGCCAGACGCGGCUGCGGCUCUGCUCCAGCCCGGCCCCGGCGCACGGCGGGCCCCGCUGCCAGGGCCCCGACUCGCAGCUGCAGCUCUGCUACCGCCGCCGCUGCCCAGUGGACGGGAAGUGGUCCCCGUGGAGCAGCUGGAGUGCCUGCAGCAUGUCCUGCGGGGGAGGCAGCAGGCAGAGGACACGCCACUGCUCCGACCCAGCCCCACAGUUCGGGGGACACAAGUGUGAGGGAACUGACACACAAAUGGAUUUCUGCAACAGUGAUCCUUGCCCAGUUCAUGGCAACUGGGGCCCGUGGAGCAGUUGGGGAACUUGCAGUCGGACAUGCAACGGGGGCCAGAUGAGGCGGCACCGGAGCUGUGACAACCCGCGCCCGGCCAGCGGUGGCAGGGCUUGUGCUGGGACUGAUGUGCAGAUCCAGAGGUGCAGCACGGACCUGUGCCCAGUGGAUGGAAACUGGGGGCAGUGGCAAUCAUGGAACCAGUGCUCUGCUUCCUGUGGAGGAGGACAGCAGACCCGGGUGCGCCUGUGCAGCAGCCCAGCCCCAUUAAAUGGUGGCCGUCCUUGCCCUGGGGACUCCUCCCAGAUAUCCAGGUGCAACACCCAAGCAUGUCCUGGUGGGCCUGCUCGUGCCAAGGGCAGCAUCAUUGGCAGUAUCAAUGAUGUGGAAUUUGGGAUUGCUUUCCUGAACGCCACAGUAACAGACAGCCCGGACUUUGACACCAGAGUGAUACAGGCAAAGAUCACCAACGUCCCUCGGACUCUUGGCCCAGCGAUGAGAAAGCUUGUUUCCAUACUCAGCCCAGUUUAUUGGACAACUGCCAAAGAAAUUGGGGAAGCAAUGAAUGGAUUUACACUCACUGAUGCUGUCUUCAAGAGAGAAACUCAAGUGGAGUUUGCAACUGGUGAGAUCCUGCGCAUGACGCACGUUGCCCGGGGCGUGGACGCGGACGGGGCCCUGCUGCUGGAUGUUGUUGUGAGUGGCCACAUGCUGCAGCUCCAGUCGGUGGCUGAUGUCAGUGUCAAGGAUUACACAGAGGAUUACAUCCAGACGGGCCCUGGGCAGCUGCACGCACACUCCACGCGCCUCUUCACAGCAGACGGGGUCAGCGUUCCCUACACGUGGAACCACACCAUCACCUACGACUCCAGCAGGGGCAGGAUGCCCUUCCUGGUGCAAACACUGCGCGCUGCCUCCAUCACAACGGACUACAACCCGCUGGAGGAGGCCGUGGCUUUCAAAAUUCAGGCUUCCAUUGCAAAAGGGGAUCGGAGUAACCAGUGCCCUGCAGGGUUUGCUCUGGAUUCGUCUGGGCCUUAUUGCUCAGAUGAAGAUGAAUGUGCUGUGGGAAAUCCUUGUUCCCACACCUGUCACAAUGCUGUGGGAUCCUACUAUUGCUCCUGUCCCAAAGGCCUCACCAUCUCUGCUGAUGGCAGAACAUGUCAGGACAUCGAUGAGUGUGCCCUGGGGGGGCACAGCUGCCCCCUGGGGCAGGACUGCGAGAACCUGCCCGGCUCCUUCCGCUGCGUGCUGCGCUGUGGCAGCGGCUUCCGCAGGACGCCCGACGGCUUCAGCUGCCAAGACAUCAAUGAGUGUCAAGAGUCCAACUCCUGCCAUCAGCGUUGCUUCAACACCAUAGGAAGUUUCCAUUGUGGCUGUGACCCAGGAUUCCAGCUGAAGGGCAGAAAAUGUGUGGAUGUCAAUGAGUGCAGGCAGAAUGUGUGCAGGCCUGAUCAGCUCUGCAAGAACACCCGUGGUGGCUAUAAGUGCAUUGAUCUGUGUCCCAGUGGAAUGACCAAAGCAGAGAACGGGACUUGCAUUGAUGUUGACGAGUGCCGGUCGGGGUCGCACCAGUGCCGCUACAACCAGCUGUGUGAGAACACGCGCGGCAGCUACCGCUGCGUGUGCCCGCGAGGAUUCCGCGCCCAGGGCACGGCCAGGCCCUGCGUGGACAUUAAUGAAUGUGAACAAGUGCCUAAACCCUGUGCACUUCACUGCACCAACACCCCCGGCAGCUUCAAGUGUUUCUGUCCACCUGGGCAACAGUUACUGGGUGAUGGGAAAUCUUGCGCCGGAUUGGAGAGGGUGCCAAAUUCGGGUGCCUAUUACAGUAGCUAUAACUAUGCUCAAUUCUCCCCUGGGAGAGACAACCAGCAACUGCAGCACUAUUACAGGCACUCCUCAAAUCUCUACAGCUCCUUCUCAGAGUAUAGGAACAGCAGAAUACCUUUCUCCAGGACUAGAAGGAACCUUAGAGAAACUUGUCCUGAAGGCUAUGAGGCAAGAAAUGCCAGAUGUGUAGAUAUCGAUGAGUGUGAGAGCAGAGACACAUGUCAGCACGAGUGCAGGAACAGCCUGGGCAGCUUCCAGUGUGCCUGUCCCGUGGGAUACCGCCUGAUGGCCAACGGCAAAACCUGCCAAGAUAUUGAUGAGUGUCUUGAAGAGAACAUAAAUUGUGGAUCAAAUCAGAUGUGUUUCAACAUGAGAGGAAGCUACCAGUGCAUAGACACUCCUUGUCCACCCAACUACCAGCGAGAGCCACAUUCUGGAUUCUGUCUCAAAAGCUGCCCUGCCAACGACCUGGAGUGUGACCUGAGCACCUACGCCCUGGAGUACAAGCUGCUGUCGCUGCCCUUCGGCAUUGCUGCGGGGCAGGAUCUGAUCCGGCUGGUGGCCUACACUCACGACCAGGUCAUGCACCCCAGGACCACCUUCCUGAUGGCAGAUGAUGACCCCUCUGUGCCGUUUGCCCUGAGGGAUGAGAACUGGAAGGGGGUGGUGUUCACCACGAGGGCGCUGCGGGAGCCCCGGACGUACCGCAUGGGCGUGCGGGCCCUGUCCUACAGCGCCGACGGCAGCGUCGAGUACCGCACCACCUUCAUCGUCUACAUCGCCGUGUCCGCCUUCCCCUACUGAGCAGCCAGCUCCCAGCUCAGCCUCAGUCCCCAGGGCCAGGGUGCUACUGCUCCAGCCUGACUCUGCUGCCUGCCCUGCAUGGGGAACCACUGCACUUCUAAGGGUGCUAUGCUCUCUUCUCCUCCCCUGCUUCCCGGAGGCUGCCUCUCCACUUCCGUUGAUCCAACUCAAGAGGAAGAUCCAUGGCUUUGAGGACCUGUUACCACUUGUUUUAUUUAUUACACUGGAAUAGUCAUUUUCCACAGUAUGUUCUGAAAACCAGCAGAGAAACCCAUGUAAUCUAAGCAGUAAGUAAGGAGCAGCCUCCACUGAAAGUAACUGAAGAAAGUAAACCCAGAAUUUCAAGUGGUCUACAUAUUUUAAAGGUUGCUAAGUGGUUUAAAUUCUAUAUCUAUUAGAUUUUUUUCUUAUCAAUUACCCAAUAGAAUUAGGGCUGUGCUAUACUAUGUUGUGUGCUGGAACCCACCAAAUGCCACAGUGCCUAAGGGUUGCAAACGCUGAAACAAAUGACAUUAAAGUUUGUUUGCAGCUAACAAAUCUACAGAAGAAUUUGGAACUGGUACCUUUGGUUUCCAUGCAAGUGUAGAGAUGUUGCUAUUUUUUGGAAGGAAAAACCAAAAUGGUUCCUUCUACUUUAUAGAGCAGGUAUUUUAUAACUUGUUUUUACUCUACCAUUCUGGUAUAGGCAUUUAUUUAACCCAAACCCAUAUCCGCUGCCAUACUCCCAGCUCAGUAAGUGGUCUGGGGUUUUACGCACAUGGAACAUUUUUCUCCAAAGGUGAUGUAAGUUUGGUUCAAUAAUGUCAAUACACUGUACACAAGUAAUUUUGCCAAGAUGUAUUCUAUUUUUAUGGACGUGUAUAUAUGUGGUUUUUCCUAUGUGUAUUUUCUAUGCAGUAUCUCAAGAGUGUUUUACAAUUAAGUUUGCAUAAAAGGACAAUGUCAGUACAAUGAAAAUAAUCAAAAUAAAGGUUCCCAUCACCUUUGA